AUGGGCUCAUCCACGAUGGCGGCGUGCACGGCAGCGGGGCGCAAGAGCGUCUCCUUCCUCUUGCCGGCGGAGUGCCAUACUCGCUGCCCGGGCACCGCCGACGCCUCGGCCAAGCAGUGGCCCCCCCAGGCCGACCAGGAGUUCGACAGCGACGAGAGCGCCAAGGAGGCCAGAUCGGAGGGCGUCCUGCUGGAGGGCGCCCGGGGCGCGGAGCGGGAGGUGGACGGCGACCUCUCGCUGGCCGACGUCGAGGCGUACGCCGACGAGCAGGCCGGGCGGUUCGCCCCCCUGCUGGACAUGCGGCGCGCGCGCCGCACGGCCACGGCCAGCGUCGGCCGCGCGAGGCGGGCGGAGGACGUGAGGCUCCAGGUGGCGGCCUCCGCCCUGUGGCAGCGCCGGGGGUCCGCGCAGAAUUAA